GACAAAAAGUUAAAAGAAGAAAACUAGCAACAUUAACAAAAAAGUUUAAUUUUUAUAACGUAAUAUUUGUUUCAUUUUACAGAAGAAAUAAUUAAAAAUCUGAAAAUUGAACUAAUAAUCAAGAAUAAAAUUUAAUGCCACACUCAUCUGUCUUUCGCAUCUUUGAUUUAUUUCGACGUACAAAAAAGAAGUCCGGAAACGGUAAACUUGCCAGUUUCUUUCCGAGUUUCAGUUUCAUUCUUUAAUUCAUUCGCCGGCCGCCGUCAUUUCAAGUCACUGUGGUCACUCAUUCGCCGUACGUAUUCCGUCGCCAUCUUUCUUUUCACAACUUUUGUCGGCAGUAAGAAUUAAACAUGGGUACAGUGGAACGCGCUGGUGAUGACCACACUUCAGAGGUGGAGUCUGGAGAAGAGGAGGAAAUCGUUGGGGGCGGCGAGCUGGCUCAGCACCUCAUGAAAAGCGGCAUUACCCGCAACGAGAUGCUAGCGGCUAUCACCAACCGCAUCCACGUUGAGGCUAUGGCAUCUCUGCCACCGAACGUGCGCCGGCGCAUCCGUGCCCUGCGCACUCUGCAGAAAGAGUUUGUCGACAUCGAGGCUAAGUUCUACAGCGAAGUUCAUGCUCUUGAGUGCAAAUACGAGAAAUUGUACAAGCCUCUGUUUGAAAAGCGUGCUUUGGUUGUGAACGGUGGCUACGAACCCACUGAUGAGGAGUGUCUGAACCCCUGGCGCGAUGAGAACGAAGAGGAAGAACUCGCGCGCGCCGUGCAGAGCGCUGCCAUCACCGACGGUUCUGAAGAAAAGAAACCUGAAGAGAAGCCUGCCGAGCCACCUAUGGAUCCUAAUGUUAAGGGAAUCCCCGACUUCUGGUACACCAUAUUCAAGAAUGUUUCAAUGCUCUGUGAAAUGAUGCAGGAACAUGACGAGCCUAUCCUCAAGUGUUUGGAGGACAUUAAAGUGCAAAUGCAUGAGGAUCCCAUCGGCUUUACGCUGGAAUUCCACUUCGCGCCCAAUGACUACUUCACAAACACCGUCCUGACAAAGGAGUAUUCAAUGAAGUGCAAGCCUGAUGAAGAGAACCCUCUGGAGUUCGAAGGGCCCGAGAUCUACUCGUGCAAGGGUUGUGAAAUCAACUGGAAGAAGGGUAAGAACGUAACGGUUAAGACGAUAAAGAAGAAGCAGAAGCACAAGUCUCGUGGCUCCGUGCGCACCGUUACCAAGUCAGUCCAGGCUGACUCAUUCUUCAACUUCUUCUCGCCACCCACCAUGCCUGAUGACCCCAACUCCACUCUCGCCUCUGAUAUUCAGGCGUUGCUCACAGCCGAUUUUGAGAUCGGUCACUACAUUCGCGAGCGUGUCGUAUCCCGCGCCGUCCUGCUCUACACCGGAGAAGGUCUGGAUGACGACGAUGAUGAUGAUUACGAAGAAGAGGAGGAGGAGGAAUGCUCCACGGAAGAGAGUGAAGACGAGGAUCCGGCGCCGCGGAGACGGGGCAAGAAGCCCAUCAAGGGCGCGCAGGACAACCCCGCCGAGUGCAAGCCCCAAUAGUGCACGGGCAGUCGGCUGCACUACUGCGCCACUCUUAUCUAACUGUCGAGGUCUGUGCAUACGAAAUGUAUGUUUGGUGCUGAAUAUCUACUUGUCAUUCACUACAUUCGACUCAUAAGUUACUUAGUUCUCAUAAGAACUCUGAAUAAACUCGUUAUAAAAUUUAUUUUAAUUCUUUAGUUAUGUAGUGAGCGGCAACGUUCUUUAAUCAGUUCUAAGGUAAAAUGUAUUAAAAUAGACCUUCAUAAUCAAUGUUGUAUACGUACUCGCAGCGUCUAGAUACGAUCCACAAUUUCUAUAAAGUCGUCAAUACAUAAAGGAAUUUGAUAUACUUUGUCCUGUAUUUGUGAUGAUGUACUGCUUUGUCUAUGAAGAUAUACUGCCGUGAACGUAGGGGAAGAAUUAUUGUCACCACCGACCUCGCCAUACACAAAUGCACUAAAUUUAAUGCAGUGACUGAUAUGUAUAGGAUGCUUUUUAUUAGAACGUGAAAGAGUUUUACUUAGUAACCUCGCAAGCCGUCUUUCCUCCACAUUCCUGUUUCGUGUCAAAACACAUCAAAUCUUAAGGAAUGCUGCACAAGGCGCCUUCGAAACGGUGACGAGAGCUUCAUUGUUCGCUUUUAUUAAUUGUUGCAUAAUCCAGAUUGCAAACUGCAAGACCUUACGAUGUAUUAAUAGCGCUCAAUCAAUGUUGUCGCCCCCGCUUCGAAGCUGAGCGAUUUUAAUUAUCCGCCUUGUUUAUUAUUUUUGAUAAAUCUAAAUCGAGUGGGUGCUAACGGCACGAUAACUAGGCUAAUGCGACUUGUGAUGUAGUUAACACAACCUGUUAACGACACUUGUUUGAUGUAACGGUCUAUGAGACGGUAAUUAAUAUUAAAUGUUAUUUUGUAUAAUGCGCCAUAAGUAAUUACUUGAAACUUCAAUGCAAAUUGUUAUUUUAUGACCGGUAGGCGUUGUUUUAGGCGUAAUUGUUAUGUUGUUACUUAUAACUUCAUUAUGAUUGUAAGGCUAUUUGAGGAGCAGUGAUUCUUUUUUAUAAUGAUAAUAUAACGUAUUGCUCGCAUCGCAUACACCAGCUAUAGGGUAUUUGUACACGUAACAUUUUUAAAUAAAUUUCGUAAUUAAA